GAUUGCUCUCAAGAACCCAAGUGACGUCUGGUUUCAGCUGAUUUGUUUCUUCUCUCUCUCUCUCUCUUUGAUCUAUCAAAAGCUGCUACGAGUUUUGGGAUGUGGUGAGAUGCUUGUUUUAUCUCGAAGACUCCGCCGGUUGAUUUUGAACAAACUUUCUCACAAAUCUUUUCGAUCAUGGAUUUUAUUGAGAUCUCGUUGAUCUUUCGAGAGCAUUUACCACUAUUGGAACUCUCUUCGGUCUUCAUCAACCUCAUACUUUUUCUUGUGUUUCUAUUUACUGUCUCUGCGAGGCAGAUUCUCGUCUGUGUGAGAAGAGGCAGAGAUAGAAUCUCUAAGGACGAUACGGUUUCAGCUUCUAAUGUUAGCUUGGAAAGAGAGGUUAACCAUGUUAGUGUUGGGUUUGGGUUUAAACUGUCUUUGCUCUGUUGCUUAUAUGUGUUAGGCGUGCAAGUUUUGGUGUUAGGUUUUGAUGGGAUUAAGGUUAUAAGAGAAGUCAGUGACUGGUUUGUUCUUUGCGUUCCAGCUGCUCAGAGUUUAGCUUGGUUUGUCCUUAGCUUUUUAGUUCUUCAUUUGAAAUACAAGUCUUCAGAGAAGCUACCCUUCUUGGUGAGGAUAUGGUGGUUCUUGGCGUUUUCGAUUUGUCUGUGUACUAUGUAUGUGGAUGGAAGAAGGUUAGCGAUUGAAGGUUGGAGCGGAUGUUCUUCUCAUGUUGUCGCCAAUUUAGCUGUUACACCUGCUCUUGGGUUUCUUUGCUUUGUGGCGUUGAGAGGCGUUUCUGGUAUUCAAGUUACCCAAAGCUCUUCUGAUCUUCAAGAGCCUUUGCUUGUAGAAGAAGAGGCGGCUUGUCUUAAAGUUACUCCAUAUAGUACUGCUGGACUAGUUAGCCUAAUUACGCUUUCAUGGUUGGAUCCACUUCUCUCGGCCGGUUCGAAAAGACCGCUCGAGCUUAAAGAUAUACCGCUUCUUGCACCAAGAGAUAGAGCCAAAUCAAGUUACAAAGUCUUGAAGUCGAAUUGGAAGAGGUCAAAAUCCGAGAAUCCUUCAAAGCCUCCUUCUUUAGCUCGUGCAAUUCUGAAAUCCUUUUGGAAAGAAGCAGCUUGCAAUGCCGUCUUUGCUGGGUUGAAUACUCUCGUGUCCUAUGUCGGUCCUUACUUGAUCAGCUACUUUGUUGAUUAUCUUGGAGGGAAGGAGAUUUUCCCUCAUGAAGGAUAUGUUCUCGCUGGGAUAUUCUUUACUUCCAAGCUUAUAGAGACAGUCACCACCCGCCAAUGGUAUAUGGGUGUUGAUAUCUUAGGGAUGCAUGUUAGGUCAGCUCUUACAGCGAUGGUAUACCGAAAAGGUCUCAAACUUUCGAGUAUAGCCAAGCAGAACCACACGAGCGGUGAAAUUGUAAACUACAUGGCAGUCGAUGUCCAGCGCAUAGGAGAUUACUCAUGGUAUCUUCAUGAUAUUUGGAUGCUUCCUAUGCAAAUAGUUCUUGCUCUUGCAAUCCUAUAUAAAAGCGUGGGGAUAGCUUCUGUAGCUACAUUGGUUGCUACAAUAAUCUCGAUUCUUGUCACGAUUCCAUUGGCUAAGGUCCAGGAAGACUAUCAAGAUAAGUUGAUGACUGCAAAAGAUGAAAGAAUGAGGAAAACCUCAGAGUGUCUUAGGAACAUGAGAGUUCUGAAAUUGCAGGCAUGGGAAGAUCGUUAUAGAGUGAGAUUGGAAGAAAUGAGGGAAGAGGAGUAUGGUUGGCUUCGCAAAGCCUUAUAUUCCCAGGCUUUUGUUACUUUCAUCUUUUGGAGUUCCCCGAUCUUUGUCGCCGCAGUUACAUUCGCUACUUCGAUAUUCCUAGGUACUCAACUUACCGCUGGAGGUGUUCUUUCUGCUCUGGCGACAUUCAGAAUCCUUCAGGAGCCACUUCGGAACUUUCCUGAUCUGGUAUCAAUGAUGGCUCAGACAAAGGUUUCUCUUGAUAGGAUUUCCGGGUUCUUGCAGGAGGAAGAGCUUCAGGAAGAUGCAACUAUUGUAAUUCCACGGGGACUUUCGAAUAUAGCCAUAGAGAUUAAAGAUGGUGUGUUUUGUUGGGACCCCUUUUCUUCAAGGCCGACAUUAUCUGGGAUUCAGAUGAAAGUGGAGAAGGGUAUGCGUGUGGCUGUCUGUGGCACAGUUGGCUCUGGAAAAUCAAGUUUUAUCUCUUGCAUCCUCGGGGAAAUCCCAAAAAUCUCUGGUGAAGUUAGAAUAUGUGGUACUACCGGUUAUGUGUCUCAAUCGGCUUGGAUUCAGUCUGGUAACAUUGAAGAAAACAUUCUAUUUGGCAGUCCAAUGGAGAAAACAAAGUACAAGAAUGUGAUACAAGCAUGUUCCCUAAAGAAAGAUUUAGAGCUUUUCUCACAUGGGGACCAAACGAUUAUCGGAGAGAGAGGUAUAAAUCUCAGUGGAGGCCAGAAACAGCGUGUCCAACUUGCAAGGGCAUUAUAUCAAGAUGCUGACAUUUAUUUACUAGACGACCCUUUUAGUGCUCUUGAUGCACACACUGGCUCUGAUUUGUUUAGGGAUUAUAUUCUAUCUGCAUUGGCUGAGAAAACUGUGGUUUUUGUGACGCAUCAAGUUGAGUUUCUCCCUGCAGCUGAUCUAAUAUUGGUGUUUAGCUUACCAGCUGUUCUGAAGGAAGGCAGGAUUAUUCAAUCGGGUAAAUAUGAUGAUCUGCUACAAGCAGGUACUGAUUUUAAGGCCUUAGUGUCUGCCCACCAUGAAGCAAUCGAGGCCAUGGACAUCCCAAGUCCGUCCUCAGAAGACUCUGAUGAAAAUCCUAUUCGCGAUAUUUUGGUCUUGCAUAAUCCAAAGUCAGAUGUUUUUGAAAAUGACAUCGAGACUUUGGCAAAGGAAGUACAAGAGGGAGGAUCUGCUUCAGAUCUAAAGGCAAUCAAAGAGAAGAAGAAGAAAGCUAAGCGCUCCCGCAAAAAGCAGCUUGUUCAAGAAGAGGAACGAGUAAAGGGAAAAGUCAGCAUGAAGGUGUACUUGUCAUACAUGGGUGCUGCAUAUAAAGGGCUUCUGAUUCCUCUUAUUAUACUCGCACAAGCUUCUUUCCAAUUUCUUCAGAUUGCUAGUAAUUGGUGGAUGGCUUGGGCGAAUCCUCAAACUGAAGGUGACCAGUCUAAAGUGGAUCCUACACUGCUUCUCAUCGUAUAUACGGCUUUAGCUUUUGGGAGCUCUGUGUUCAUCUUUGUUCGAGCUGCUCUGGUUGCAACUUUCGGUCUUGCAGCUGCACAGAAACUGUUCUUGAAUAUGCUCAGAAGUGUGUUCCGAGCGCCAAUGUCAUUCUUUGAUUCCACUCCUGCAGGAAGAAUUUUGAAUCGGGUUUCUAUUGAUCAAAGUGUUGUGGAUCUUGACAUUCCUUUUAGACUCGGUGGGUUUGCUUCAACAACGAUACAACUCUUUGGUAUUGUCGCUGUAAUGACCAAUGUUACCUGGCAAGUUUUCCUUCUUGUUGUUCCGGUAGCUGUUGCUUGCUUUUGGAUGCAGAAAUAUUACAUGGCUUCUUCAAGAGAACUGGUUCGGAUUGUUAGUAUCCAGAAGUCUCCAAUAAUUCAUCUUUUUGGAGAAUCAAUCGCUGGUGCUGCCACAAUAAGAGGAUUUGGCCAGGAAAAAAGAUUUAUCAAAAGGAAUCUUUAUCUUCUCGAUUGUUUUGUUCGACCUUUCUUCUGCAGUAUCGCUGCUAUCGAAUGGCUUUGUUUACGCAUGGAAUUACUUUCCACACUUGUAUUUGCUUUCUGUAUGGUUUUACUCGUCAGUUUUCCACAUGGAACCAUUGAUCCAAGCAUGGCAGGUCUUGCUGUGACAUAUGGGCUUAACUUGAAUGGACGUCUAUCACGAUGGAUCCUUAGCUUUUGUAAGCUUGAAAACAAAAUAAUCUCAAUCGAAAGGAUUUAUCAGUACAGUCAGAUUGUAGGAGAGGCCCCAGCAAUUAUCGAAGAUUUCCGCCCGCCUUCCUCGUGGCCUGAAACGGGAACAAUUGAGCUACUUGAUGUUAAGGUUCGUUAUGCUGAGAAUCUUCCAACAGUACUCCAUGGGGUAAGCUGUGUGUUUCCUGGUGGAAAAAAGAUUGGAAUUGUUGGGCGAACGGGAAGCGGAAAGUCAACUUUGAUUCAAGCUUUGUUUCGAUUGAUUGAGCCAACUGCUGGAAAAAUUACUAUAGACAACAUUGACAUUUCUCAAAUUGGUCUCCAUGAUCUCCGUAGUCGCCUUGGUAUUAUACCUCAAGAUCCUACAUUAUUUGAAGGAACAAUCCGAGCAAAUCUUGACCCCCUUGAAGAACAUUCAGAUGAUAAAAUCUGGGAGGCGCUUGAUAAAUCCCAGCUUGGAGACGUUGUUAGAGGAAAAGACCUAAAACUUGACUCUCUAGUGUUGGAAAAUGGAGAUAACUGGAGUGUUGGGCAGAGACAGCUUGUGUCACUUGGACGAGCAUUACUGAAACAAGCAAAAAUACUUGUUCUUGAUGAAGCAACAGCAUCGGUUGACACAGCAACAGACAAUCUGAUCCAGAAGAUAAUCAGAACCGAGUUUGAAGACUGCACGGUCUGCACCAUUGCUCACCGGAUACCAACUGUUAUCGACAGUGACCUAGUUUUGGUUCUCAGCGACGGUAGAGUAGCAGAGUUUGAUACUCCUGCACGGCUUUUAGAAGACAAAUCAUCGAUGUUCUUGAAAUUGAAACAGACUUACAUUGUUCAGCUUCAUCCUAAUACCGAAACCGCUAAAACAUUUGCCUCAAAGUUUGAUUGGCAUCUUUCUUUUCUCCAAGAAGCGGUUUUAGGUGUUGAAGAAGAAGAGGAAGAGCCUUCUUCACGGCUUCUCUACUCCUAUGGCUCUGCGAUUGAAGGAUUUGCUGCUCAGUUGACUGAAUCAGAAGCCGAGAUGCUGAGAUAUUCACCUGAAGUUGUUGCAGUGAGACCUGACCAUGUUCUUCAGGUUCAAACCACUUACUCUUACAAGUUCUUGGGACUCGACGGUUUUGGAAACUCUGGUGUAUGGUCUAAAUCUCGGUUUGGUCAAGGCACAAUUAUCGGCGUGCUUGAUACUGGAGUUUGGCCUGAAAGUCCUAGCUUUGACGAUACCGGAAUGCCUUCGAUUCCACAGAAAUGGAAAGGGAUUUGCCAAGAAGGAGAGAAUUUCAGUUCCUCGAGCUGUAACCGGAAGCUAAUCGGUGCUAGAUUCUUCAUCAGAGGACACCGUGUCGCUAAUUCACCAGAGGAGUCACCAAACAUGCCUCGUGAAUACAUUUCCGCAAGAGAUUCAACAGGACACGGGACUCACACCGCUUCAACAGUUGGUGGAUCCUCUGUUUCGAUGGCGAAUGUUCUUGGCAAUGGAGCUGGCACGCUUGAUCGAAGAUUUCCCGCUGUGGUUCGAUUAGCCAACGGAAAGCUUCUCUAUGGAGAGUCGUUGUAUCCCGGGAAAGGUUUAAAGAAUGCUGAGAGAGAGGUUGAGGUGAUUUACGUCACAGGAGGAGAUAAAGGGAGUGAGUUCUGUUUGAGAGGGUCACUUCCAAGAGAGGAAAUCCGAGGCAAAAUGGUGAUUUGUGAUCGCGGAGUCAAUGGAAGAUCUGAGAAAGGAGAAGCGAUUAAAGAAGCAGGAGGAGUUGCAAUGAUCUUAGCCAACACAGAGAUCAACCAAGAAGAAGAUUCUAUUGACGUUCAUCUCUUACCAGCUACAUUGAUUGGUUACACCGAGUCAGUCCUUCUGAAAGCUUAUGUUAAUGCCACGGUGAAACCAAAGGCCCGGAUAAUUUUUGGUGGUACAGUGAUUGGGCGGUCACGAGCACCUGAAGUGGCUCAGUUUUCAGCUCGAGGACCGAGUUUAGCCAAUCCUUCGAUACUAAAACCGGAUAUGAUUGCUCCGGGAGUCAAUAUCAUUGCGGCUUGGCCUCAAAAUCUAGGACCAACCGGACUUCCUUAUGAUUCAAGAAGAGUUAACUUCACUGUAAUGUCAGGAACUUCAAUGUCUUGUCCACAUGUUAGCGGCAUCACUGCUCUUAUCCGGUCUACAUACCCGAACUGGUCUCCCGCUGCAAUCAAAUCCGCAUUGAUGACAACAGCGGAUUUGUAUGAUCGUCAAGGGAAAGCGAUAAAGGAUGGCAACAAACCAGCCGGUGUGUUUGCGAUUGGAGCAGGGCAUGUGAAUCCGCAAAAGGCGAUAAACCCGGGAUUGGUUUACAACAUUCAACCAGUAGAUUACAUUACUUACCUCUGCACUCUUGGAUUCACAAGAUCAGACAUUUUAGCAAUCACUCAUAAGAACGUGAGCUGCAGCGGAAUAUUGCGGAAAAACCCGGGUUUUAGUCUCAAUUACCCGUCGAUAUCCGUGAUUUUCAAACGUGGCAAGACUACAGAGAUGAUCACAAGGCGUGUGACUAACGUUGGGAGUCCUAACUCGAUAUACUCAGUGAAUGUUAAGGCUCCAGAGGGGAUCAAAGUGAUUGUAAAUCCUAAGAGACUGGUGUUCAAACACGUGGAUCAGACACUGAGCUAUCGAGUAUGGUUUGUAUUGAAGAAGAAAAACAGAGGAGGGAGGGUGGCUACCUUUGCACAGGGACAGUUGACUUGGGUCAACUCUCAGAAUCUGAUGCAGCGAGUUAGAAGUCCAAUCUCUGUAACCUUGAAGACUAACUGAGCCAAUGGUAGGUUUAUUAGGUUUUGAGGGUUUUUAUGCUAAGAAAACCUCGUGGAGCUGGAUUGAUUUGUUGUUAUUCAAUUCACUAGAGCUGUAUUUCAUUUUCCAGUAAAUGAAACAACUCGUGAUUC